UGUUUGAGGCUGCAACUGCAAGGAGGUGGCACAGAGGCGCACUGACUCCACACGCGCAAGUGGAUGGAAAGAGCCCAAUGCAAUGGAGAAAGUGAUCCGUGGUGCAGACAUCGGUGUCCUGUAAACUCGGGCAGGCGAAGAGUGAUGCGUGCAUGAGACACGGAGGGAAUGAAGAGUAGGAGAAAGAGUUUUAACGAAGAGUUUAAAUCAUUUUCCGAAAUGGCACGGAUUUGCUUGCUCGCAGAUGCGCAUUUUGCAAAGAUGACAUAGCACUUGAGAAAAUGGGAAUCCUCCAGGAACAGAACUCAAUCACGACCUGAAUGAAAAGAGAAAAAGGGAUUCUACUCAAAUCGGGAAUUUUGUUUUGUUUUGUCUUAUUUUACUUGACAAGCCUGGGCUGAGUGGACGAAGAUUGAAAUAUGAAUCUGGGCAAAGCAAUUCUGUUUUUCCUCCUCCUAAGUUGUGUGACAAUGACUCUGUCGCUGUCCACUUGCACCACUGUGGACAUCGACCACAUCAAGAAAAAGAGAGUAGAGGCGGUCCGGGGACAGAUUCUCAGUAAACUCCGGCUGACAAGCCCGCCUCAGACAACAGGUCCGAGUCAAGUGCCGUUUCAGGUGCUGGCCCUUUAUAACAGCACCAAGGAGCUCAUUGAGGAGCUGGGGAGGGACAGACAUCAGAGUUGUGGACAGGAUAACACGGAGACUGAGUACUAUGCCAAAGAGAUUUACAAGUUCAACAUGAUCAGUGGGUCGCCGGAAAACAAUGACCUCUCCUACUGUCCUAAGGGUAUCACCUCCAAGGUAUUCCGCUUCAACGUCUCAACUAUGGAGAAAAACUCCACAAACUUGUUCAGGGCCGAGUUCAGAGCCCUGAGGAUCCCCAACUCCAGCGCCAAGAGAAACGAGCAGAGGAUUGAGCUCUACCAGAUCCUCCAGAAAGACGACCCCAAAGCCAAACAGCGCUACAUCGGGGGCAAGAAUGUCCUGACCAAGGGAACUGCUGAGUGGGUCUCCUUUGAUGUGACAGAGACCGUGAGGGAGUGGCUGAUGUACAGACAGACCAAUCUUGGUCUGGAGAUCAGCGUGCACUGUCCCUGCCACACUUUCAGGCCUAAUGGUGACAUCAUUGAGAACGCCAAUGAGGUGCUGGAGGUCAAGUUUAAAGGCAUGGAAGCUGACUAUGACGAUCAGAGCCGUGCAAAGAAACAAAAGGAGCAGCUGUAUCCCCACCUCAUCCUCAUGAUGCUUCCACCUCACAGGCUGGAUGCACAGACCUCCUCCCGCAGGCGCAAGCGUGCACUUGACACCAAUUACUGCUUCAACAAUUACGAGGAGAACUGCUGUGUGAGACCACUAUAUAUUAACUUCCGGCAGGAUUUGGGAUGGAGGUGGAUCCAUCAGCCUGAAGGGUACUACGCUAAUUUCUGCUCUGGGCCAUGUCCUUACCUUCGCAGCGCUGACACCACACACAGCUCGCUGCUGAGCCUCUACAACACCUUGAACCCCGAAGCAUCCGCCUCACCCUGCUGUGUUCCUCAGGACUUGGAGCCCCUCACCAUCCUCUACUACGUGGGACGCUCCCCGAAAGUGGAGCAGCUCUCCAACAUGGUUGUCAAGUCCUGCAAGUGCAGCUAGACUUCAGGUGCAAGAGACACAGGAUGUGACUGCUCCCUGUGGGUACGAGAGGGUGCAGAGAGGGAGGAGGUCCAGUUCAGCUUCUACCUGAGCUCUCUUGAAAAAAAUACGAAAAGAAAGAAUGAUGCAAGACCACCACUCGUCUAACAAUCAUUGGCAGCAUUUAUGAAGAAGACCCAUCAAACACCACUCUACUAACAGCGCAUUCAAGACCUCCUCAGUGAUCGCUGUUUUCUCAUGUAUUCCCAUUUUCCAGCAUUCAGAGCAGCACGUACCUCAAUACUGGUAUUCAAAGCACGUUUCAAAUGCAAGAGAAACAGAACUAUUAUCCUGAAAUGACCACUGCAUUCUUAAGGACAUCAAACCAUCAAAGCAAAACAGAGACAAAGACUCAGAAUGCAGGCUGAACUCAGCAUGACAGGAACAUGUCAGAGGGGGUGAAAUAAAUGUCGUUUUCUCACCUGACAAACACAGGGCGCCUUCCAAAUCCCCCCCAAGCUGGAAACUGACUCUGUGCACGCCACAGCUCCCGACACUGUUUGUUUAGGAUUGAAUGCUGUUGAAUAAAAAUGACCUUAGGAAAAGAAACAAAAAAAAGAACAAAAAAAAAAACAAGAAAACAUGCUGGAAACCAACCUUUAUUUCAAAGUAGUAUUUCCAUGGUUAUGUUUACCUCUGUUAUACAACAGAAAUAGUGAUUCCAGGGAUCAUUUUUGUUUUAAAGUGAAGCCUUUCUGUUGUAUGAGACGAUGUAUGUCACUAAGUGAACACUUAACUAGAUCACGGACUGUAAAUGUUUUUUCUUAUUACUCUUGGACACACUUUUUUUUUUAAUUAAAAACAGACAGUUUGAUAGAGUUGUUCUUAUUUUCCUCUUUGUUUUUGUUUUUGUUUUUUUACAACACUUUAUUUCACGGGUCAUACGGUACACUUUAAUCAAAAGUCCAGUGAUUGUUCACCGCACAUGCUGUACACUGAAAGUUGUCACAUUUACUGACAUGAUAUGUAAGGUUUAAUGUCUUCUAGGCGACAAUGUAAGUUUUUUUUCUAGUCUGCCCAGAUGAUUCCAAAGAUAUGACAUUCCCAUGCAUGUGUUGUCAACAAUCAGUAACAAAAUCCCACAAAUGACUGUAAACAGCUUUGUAUCACCAUAAGAGAACAUCACAUCAA